AUGAUUCAUUCGAUAUUCGUUAUUGUCGACCAGAAGUCCAUCAAUUACGUCCAUGCGAGCAACCCGAGCCUGUGCCGCUCGAGCAACUUCGGCGCGCCGUCGGGUUUCGUCGGUCGCAAAGGGGUAGGGCAAAACCAGCACAGGGCGAGGCCCGACCAACAGAGGGCAGGGCACGACAAUCAGAGAGCGGGGCACGACCAUCAGAGGGCCUGCCAGCCGGAGAACCUCGCCGGGUUCGUGACGCUUGAGGAGCUGAUGAUCAGACAGACGGAGGAGCGGAAGUUGCAUCCGCACCACAUUGUUGAGGAGGUCGAGAGGAAUAUGUUGUUGGCGAGGCCGGAUGUUGUUUAUGGUGAGUGCGAGAAAAGCGACGGUGGCAGCUCGUGCUUCGGCAAGCGGCUCGGCUCGCUCAAAAAACACCACCACAAACAGGAGGACUUUGACGGCAGAACGGCCACCUACCCGAAGGCGAGCAAAGCGGGCGAUCAGAAGUCAAACAGGUCGUUGCCAAGGACGCACAAGAUGCAGGAGGCUUACUAUGCGGUGAAUGACGUCCAGUUCGCGACGAAUCGAACUCUCGACGACAAAAUGUACCAGGACACUCCGAAGAAAGCCGCCAAGAUCAAGAAGCAGCACAGCUUCUCGUCCGGCGACAAAAAGUCCAAGUUUACCAGCAAAGUCCACGAUUCUGGCUCCAGCAAGGUUAAGCUCAAAUCUGCAACUCAGUACACGCCGAUGUUGUUGCCAACCAACCAGGACCCAAAAUCGCGACCGAAAUUCGCGUUCGAGCUGAAUUUGGACGAGAAGACGCAGAAGGGCGGCAAGCUCAAGCAGAUGUUCGGCGGCGGCGGCAGAUCGGAGGGCGGCAAAAAAGAGAAGACGUUCCUCGGCUCGCCCAAGCUGCAUCGGGCGAUUUUCCAGAAGCACGGCUCCGGCUCGGACUUGAGCUGGCCGUCGUCGGGUUCUUCGUUUUCGCAGGCGAGUUUUUUUUAA